GUACGCACUCAAAUACACACAUAUUCCGUCAUCAGUUGUCGCUAUCUAUCAGCAGCAUUCUAGUGGCUGGGAGCUGACGCUCUUGGGAAUGAAAACUGUCAGUCUUAGUCUGACAGUGGACAGUGAAAACGUUAGGGGUUAAACCGAUCGAGACAUUUUCGUCGUUGGGAACAAUGGCGCCAUCUUUGCUGGCGAGGUUAGGAACCUUCUUUUACGUCGUUCACCCGAACUCGACGACCUUUCGAACUGUUGAAGAAGUUCCCAAUUACACAAAUGAGGCAGUUCCCCUCUUCAUCGCCUUCCUCAUCCUGGAAUGGAUCGUAAUGAGAGCGAAAAACAAGAAGAAGAACAUGAGAACAAAUGACGUGCUCACUUCAGUUGGACACGGCGUUCUUUACGAAUCCGUCGGAUUUGUGAUUAGAGGCACAACUCUAAUAGGCUACGACUGGUUAUAUCAACAUCGCCUCAUUGACCUCGCCUGGGAUUCUCCUGCUGUUUGGUGGCUGGCUGCUCUGGGCAUUGACUUUGGGUACUACUGGUUUCACAGGGCAGCCCACGAGGUGAACAUCAUCUGGGGAGCUCACCAAGUCCACCAUUCCUCCGAGGAUUACAAUUUAUCCACGGCGCUCAGGCAGUCCAUCUUCCAGAGGUACUUUUCUUUCGGUUUUUACCACCCGCUGGCCCUUUUGGGCGUUCCGUUGCCUGCCAUGUUAGUCCACCAGCAGUUCAAUCUGAUAUACCAGUUCUGGAUACACACGGAACUGGUGAAGGACUGUGGGCCUCUGGAGUGGAUCCUGAACACCCCGUCGCAUCACAGAGUACACCAUGGGGCCAACAAAUGGUGUCUUGACAAAAACUACGCGGGAGUUCUCAUCAUCUGGGACAGAAUCUUCGGUACAUUUGAACCGGAAAGGAAAGACGAAAAGAUUGCUUAUGGACUCGUAACUCAACCACAGACAUUUAAUGUGCUCUAUCUUCAGAUAUUCUACUUCCGGGCCAUCUUCGAGAAAGCUCUCAGCAUGCCCACUUGGGGCGACACCCUCAGGGCCCUCUGUUACGGCCCUGGUUGGGUUCCUGGUACCCCACGACUAGGGGACCCCUCGACGUUUCCUGACGUGAAGGCCCCCCGCCCCAAAUAUGAUCCCCAGCUUCCUCUGUGGCACGAAAUAUACGUGGUGGUGCAUUUCGUCGCCAUAAUGGUCAUGCAGCAAGUUUUCGUGGCACAGUAUGCUACUUUCGCUUGGUACACGGUCUUGGUCUUCAUCUUCUUCAUCCUGGUCUCUGUGGGAAUCAUCGGCGCCAUGUACGACGGGUGGUGGUGGGCGCCUUUGGUCGAAGCUGUCCGCUGUGCUUCGUACGUAGCCUACGCCAAGAAUUAUCCUGUAACUUCCAUCCCACUGCUAGACUCUGCUAUUCUGGCGUACUUCGCCCUGUCCACUCUGGUCUGGACGUCACAGAGCCUGUCAGUGAUACAGGCGACAGCCAAGAGUUCCAAGUUACAGUGACUAUAAGAAUAUCUUCUAAGUGUUACUAUGAACUUCAGUGAUCCUAUAGCAAAGUGGUUUUGGAUUGAGCUGUAUUGUCUUAUUUUAUUGUUGUUGUUGGACGUUUAUAUUAGUUAUGAAAGCAGCAGAAAUAAAGUUAUUUGCAAGUGAAAAUGAAUGUGUUUAAGGCUCUGAUACGGCCGUUUUUGUGAAUAUACCAAUGGAAAACAACAUAAAUGUAAUAUAAACAUUA